GUUUCCUUGAAGGGGCGGAGAGCGAACGCGAGGAUCCGAUGCCGGUGUUUUGGAGGACCAUGCGCGGGCUGCCGGGCCCCCUCCGCGCCCCUCUGUCGCUGCUCUUCCGAAGGGGGGCGGCCAAGAGCGGCGCCAGGCGCGUCUCCGCCGGCACUCCGACGCUCCACGCACACGGCGCCGGCCCUGCAGAUGUCAAUAGUUUUGUUUCCCGGACAAAAACGUGUGGGGAAUUGCGCUCUGCCCAUGUAGGUCAGGAGGUCACCCUGUGUGGAUGGAUUCAAUAUCAGAGACAGCAGCAGUUUGUGGUUUUGAGAGACUUCCAAGGGCUCACCCAGAUUAUCAUACCUCAGGAUGAGGCAGCUUCCCAUUUGAGGAAGAUCUUGCAUGACACUCCAGUUGAAUCUGUAUUGAGGGUGACUGGAACUGUGGUCCCCCGGCCUCCAGGACAGACAAACCCCAGAUUGCCUACAGGUGAUAUUGAAGUUAAGGUGAAAACAGUGGAGGUCCUGAACUCCUGUAAGAAACUUCCUUUUGAAAUGAAAGACUUUGUCAAGAAAACCGAGGCCUUGCGAAUGCAGUAUCGCUAUUUGGACCUGCGGAGCGCCCAAAUGCAGUACAACCUACGGAUGAGGUCCCAGGUGGUGAUGAGAAUGCGGGAAUACCUCUGCAAUCGUCAUGGCUUUGUGGAUGUGGAAACGCCAACGCUAUUCAAGAAGACUCCAGGGGGUGCAAAGGAAUUUGUGGUGCCUUCACGAGAGGCUGGGAAGUUUUACUCACUGCCCCAGAGUCCUCAGCAGUUUAAGCAGCUAUUGAUGGUAGGAGGCCUGGACAGGUACUUUCAAGUAGCCCGCUGCUAUCGAGAUGAAGGUUCCAAGCCAGACAGGCAACCUGAAUUCACUCAGAUUGAUAUUGAGAUGUCAUUUGCAGACCAAACUGGGAUUCAGGCUUUAAUUGAGGGCUUGCUGCAGUAUUCCUGGCCUGAGGAAAAGAGACCCAUCACAAUACCUUUCCCAUCCAUUACCUAUGAUGAGGCUCUGGCCACCUAUGGGAGUGAUAAGCCAGACACUCGCUUUGAAAUGAAGAUCAUUGAUGUCACUGAUGUGUUCAGGAACGCAAAAGUUGGAGUUCUGCAGAAAUUUCUCAAUGAGCCCCGGGGCACCAGCAGAGCCAUUUGCAUUCCGCAGGGAGCGAAACAUCUUCAGAAUAAAGAUUUGGAGUCAUUAAAUGAAUUGGCAAAAUCCCAGUUUAACCAGGGAAUAUUGCACUUAAUUUUGAGGUCCGAUGGCAGCAUCAAGUCCCCACUUGGUAAGUUCCUGAAUGAAGAACAAAAACGGGAGCUUGUCAGAGCAGUUCAGGCCAAUGUGGGUGACGUCGUGUUGCUGGCAGCUGGAGAGCAUGAGAAAGUGUGUUCUACGUUGGGAAAGUUGCGCUUGGAGGUUGCUGAUCUUCUGGAAGCAAGAGGCCUGUCCCUUCGCAACCCCUCUGCCUUUCAUUUCCUAUGGGUAGUGGAUUUCCCCCUUUUCCUCCGGAAAGAAGAAAACCCCAGGCAAUUGGAAUCGGCUCACCAUCCCUUCACUGCCCCCCACCCCUCUGACGAGCACCUCCUCUAUACAGAUCCUGCCAAGGUCCGUGGUCAGCACUAUGAUCUGGUGCUUAAUGGUAAUGAGAUUGGAGGUGGCUCCAUUCGAAUACACAGCGCAAAGCUGCAACGUUUCAUUCUGGAGACAGUGCUGAAGGAGGACACAGAGCUGCUUUCUCACCUGCUUGAAGCACUGGACAGUGGGGCACCUCCCCAUGGAGGAAUAGCAUUAGGACUUGACAGGCUGAUUUGCCUUCUAGUAGGAGCUGCAAGUAUUCGAGAUGUCAUUGCCUUCCCCAAAUCGUUCAAGGGAAGAGACCUGAUGUGCAAUUCUCCAGAUUACAUUGCCCCAGAAGAGCUUGAGCCAUACCAUGUCAAGAUUGCAGAGCCCAUGCCAGAAGUGAAAGUGAAAAGUAACUGACUGCUGUACAUGACAGAAGUGAAGAGAUUAAAACAUCCAGUAGUGAACCCAUUGGAUUUUUGGAACUGGUAGAGAAGUCUCCUGUACUUAUUUUUGAUGAGAAAAUGGAGCGCUUCACACUACAAGCAGGUUCCUUUGAGCAUGUCUGCUGGAGAAAUCAUUGUCCUGUGUUCUCUAGUGACUAGAUAAGGGUAUCAACACGGGGUGUUGUCCUGUCUCAAAGAGUGACUUGAGAUGUGAAGAAUUAAGGUUUGUAAGCAUAGGCUAUAAUUAUUGCAAGUUUUUGUACUAUUUUGUAAAACACAGUAAAAACUAGUUGUAUGCAUCAGAUUAUGGAGCUCUCAAGUGUGUUUAGGAAGCUAUUUUUCCUAAUUACGUUUAGAUCCCACCUUAAAGUGCCAUACAAGAGUCCUCCCAUUUUUAUCCUCAAAAUAUUGUGAGGCAGGCUCAGCUGCUUCAGUAGUACCGUAGCAAACAAAUUUGGGGGGGGGGGGUUAAAGUAGGGCCAUCAAAACAUCACAAAGCCAGAUUGUUCAGUGAUAUUCUUUGCAGGAUGCCAAUUAUCUGAGGAACUUCACAAAUCAAGAAAUCUACUGUAUAUGCAGUGGGGCAGGGAGUUGGAUUUUAGUGGACUCCCACUAUCUGCUGCAUAAACACAAAGGAAACUGUGGUGCUAGUCAGGGGCCCCAAACCAAGGCCCGGGGGCCGGAUGUGGCCCAAUCACCUCUUAAAUCCGGCCCUCGGAUGGUCAGCAUGUUUUUACAUGAGUAGAAUGUGUCCUUUUAUUUAAAAUGCAUCUCUGGGUUAUUUGUGGGGCAUAGAAAUUUGUUCAUUUAUUUCCCCCAAAAUAUAGUCUGAGGGACAGCGGACCGGGCCCCUGCUAAAAAAGUUUGCUGACCCCUGUGCUAGGUCAUAAACUUGUGGAUACUCAUUUCUCUAGCUUGGGCCACUUUGACCAUGUUAAAUCCCACAAUUAACAAACCAAAAAUCAGGUGAGUUGGAAAGGAGACAUCAACCUUUUCUUACAUUUCACUUUUUAAAAAAGCCAAAUGAGAAAUAGUAACUCUGUAAACAGGGCUUCCCUUCAUCUGUGCACCAGCAAAAACCUCAGUAGAGGUCCAGUACAGGAGGGGGAAAGGUGACAGAAUUAACUUU